GCGCUGAGACUGGGGCUGCGCGUGCCUCAUCAUCAUCAUCACUACCGCUACCACAACCACCGCAACGGAAGGGAAGAGAGCCCACCGGAGUCUUUACUGUUUCCAGGAGCCGGGCGCCAUGGCGGGCCCACGUUAAAACGAGACCCAGAUUUAUCCUCUUUGUUCUCCCUCAUCGUCGCGCAGUCUUUACGCGCCUCCACUGAGGAGGGGCCGCCGAAGAGCAGCUCUCCCUUUCGGAGCAUAGGAGGAGGUAGCUACACCAGCGGCGGAGGAAGUAGCAUUUAAACCGGGGAGGUAUUUUCUACGGUACAAGCCGAAUGGCGGACCGCGAGGCGUCGCCGAUACCGUUGGAGAUCCGAGCCCGGCUGGCGGAGCUGGAGCUGGAGCUGUCAGAGGGGGACAUCACUCAGAAGGGUUAUGAGAAGAAGAGGUCCAAGCUGAUAAGGGCAUAUGCUGGAGGUAUGGAAGGGCCAAUGUCUCAUCGGGCCCCACUCGGCCCUCCUUCUGCUGCCCGUUUCCACCGGCGGAGAACCUCUGGCACAAGAGAUGAACGCUACAGAUCAGACGUCCACACAGAGGCGGUGCAGGCAGUGUUGGCACGACACGUAGAGAGAAAGAUGGCAGUGCCCAUGCCCUCCAAAAGACGUUCCCUGGUGGUUCAGACUUCAAUGGAUGCAUACACUCCUCCAGGGCUGUCCCCCCUGUGCUCAGACUCGUCGUCGGGCUCCGAGGAGGAGGCGGGGCCAGGCGACGACAUGUCGGGCAUGGAGCACUGGAUGAGCCGACCUUCCCAGCUAGGCCCUGCCCACCUUGGCUCCACCUCCUCCUCGUCCUCAUCCACGCAGAGUGGAGGCAGCGGGAAUGCCGGGCGACUGGCCGACUCGCUGGCGCACACGCACAUCUCGCACCUGGGUCACACACACCUGGGGCACGCACACCUGGGCCAGUCUCUCCACCAGCAGAGCCACUUGUCUCAGUCACACCACGGGAUCGGCCACCUCUCUCUGAAGAGGAAGGGAGCUCUGAGUGUAGCGGAGAACGGCGGAUCUCUGCGACGAUCCUGCGAGUUUGGAUCUGACAUGCUGUGGCCGCCACCUCUGGAGUCUGAUGAGAAUCACUCAGCCCCCCCGGAUGUGACAGGAUACUCAUCGGACUCAUCCCACUCCCACACCGAGCGUCACCACAUGUCCAAUAUGGGAACGAUUGCCAGGAACACGCAGAAGUAUGGCAACGCAGAGCGCAUGGAGACAGGCGAUGGUGUUCCAGUCAGCAGUCGUGUGUCGGCUAAGAUCCAGCAGCUCGUUAACACGCUGAAGCAGCCUCGCAGACCGCCGCUACGAGAGUUCUUUGUUGAUGACUUCGAUGAGCUUCUAGAGGUCCAGCAACCGGACCCCAAUCAGCCUCGGCCAGAGGGCGCAGAGAUGAUGCCAGUUCGAGGAGAAGCUUUGGGGGUUGUGACCAACUGGCCACCCUCCCUGGAGGCUGCACUUCAACGCUGGGGUACCAUUUCCCCAAAAGCCCCCUGCCUCACCAGCCUGGAUACAGCAGGGAAACCCCUCUAUGUCCUCACAUACGGGAAGCUCUGGUCUCGCAGCAUCAAGCUUGCCUACAACAUCCUCCACAAACUGGGCAGCAAGCAGGAGCCCAUGGUGCGACCAGGUGAUCGGGUGGCGCUGGUGUUUCCUAACAAUGAUCCAGUGGCCUUCAUGGUGGCCUUUUAUGGCUGUCUGCUGGCUGAGGUGGUCCCUGUUCCUAUAGAGGUGCCCCUAAGUCGUAAGGACGCCGGCAGCCAGCAGAUUGGAUUCCUGUUGGGCAGUUGUGGCGUUACCGUGGCGCUGACCAGUGAUGCCUGCCAUAAGGGACUUCCCAAAAGCGCAACAGGAGAGAUCCCACAGUUCAAAGGUUGGCCCAAGCUUCUGUGGUUUGUAACGGAGUCCAAGCACCUUUCCAAACCUCCCAGAGACUGGUUCCCUCACAUCAAAGAUGCAAACAAUGACACAGCUUACAUAGAGUAUAAGACCUGUAAGGAUGGCAGCGUGCUGGGAGUCACAGUGACGAGGAUCGCUCUGCUCACACACUGCCAGGCUCUCACCCAGUCCUGCAGCUACACUGAGGCCGAGACCAUAGUGAACGUCUUAGACUUUAAGAAGGACGUGGGCCUGUGGCACGGCAUCUUGACGAGCGUGAUGAACAUGAUGCAUGUGAUCAGCGUUCCGUAUUCACUGAUGAAGGUCAAUCCUCUGUCGUGGAUCCAGAAAGUCUGCCAGUACAAAGCUAAGGUAGCAUGUGUGAAGUCCAGAGACAUGCACUGGGCUCUAGUGGCCCACAAAGACCAGAAAGACAUCAACCUGAGCUCGCUGCGUAUGCUGCUGGUGGCCGAUGGAUCAAAUCCCUGGUCCAUCUCGUCCUGCGAUGCCUUCCUCAACGUCUUUCAAACGAAAGGGCUGAGAGCCGAGGUUAUCUGUCCCUGCGCCAGUUCCCCCGAGGCCCUCACUGUCGCCAUCAGAAGGCCGGUGGAGGAUAGCAGCCAGCCUCCGGGUCGAGGCGUCCUGUCCAUGCAAGGUCUGACCUACGGCGUGGUCCGGGUGGACACAGAAGAGCGACUGUCUGUGCUUACUGUGCAGGACGUGGGCACCGUCACUCCGGGAGGAUUGGUAUGUGUAGUGAAGCCAGAAGGCGUCCCUCAGCUGUGCCAGACAGAUGAAAUCGGUGAACUUUGCGUUUGCUCCAUCGCCACCGGCACGUCGUACUACGGCCUGACGGGCAUGACCAAGAGCACUUUUGAGGUUUACCCGGUAAGCUCCACUGGGGCGCUGAUCAGCGAGUACGCCUUUGUACGGACUGGCCUGCUGGGCUUCAUCGGACCCGGCGGCCUCGUCUUUAUCACCGGUAAGAUGGACGGACUCAUCAUGGUUAGCGGGCGGAGGCACAACGCGGAUGAUAUCGUUGCCACGGCGCUGGCAGUGGAACCCAUGAAGUUUGUCUACAGGGGCAGGAUAGCUGUGUUUUCUGUGACGGUCCUAAGAGAUGAGAGGAUCGUGGUGGUAGCUGAGCAGAGGCCAGACUCCACAGAGGAGGACAGCUUCCAGUGGAUGAGUCGUGUGCUGCAGGCCAUAGACAGCAUCCACGGAGUGGGUGUCUUCUGCCUUGCUCUGGUUCCGGCCAACACCCUUCCCAAGACUCCUCUGGGUGGCAUCCAUUUAUCAGAGAUCAAACAGCUGUACCUGGAUGGGGGGCUGCACCCCUGCAAUGUCCUGAUGUGCCCUCACACCUGCGUCACCAACCUGCCUAAACCGCGGCAGAAACAGCCAGAGAUCGGACCUGCCUCUGUGAUGGUGGGGAAUCUGGUGUCAGGGAAGAGGAUCGCUCAGGCUAGCGGCAGAGACCUGGGACAGACAGAUGACAACGACCAAUUUCUGUUUCUGUCAGAGGUUUUGCAGUGGAGAGCUCAGACUACACCAGACCAUGUCCUCUACACCCUGCUCAGCUCUCGGGGAGCAGUGUCCAGCUCCCUCACCUGUCUGCAGCUGCAUAAGAGGGCAGAGCGAGUGGCGGCUCUGCUGAUGGAGAGAGGAGGUUUGCAGGAAGGAGACCACGUUGCUCUGGUCUACCCUCCAGGUAUAGAUCUGAUUGCAGCGUUCUACGGUUGCCUGUAUGCCGGCUGCGUUCCCAUCACAGUGCGACCUCCUCAUCCUCAGAACAUUGCCACCACCCUGCCCACCGUCAAGAUGAUUGUCGAGGUCAGCCAUUCGGCCUGUGUGAUGACCACAGCGGUCAUCUGUAAGUUGCUGCGCUCCAAGGAGGCCACGGCCACUGUGGACAUCAGGAACUGGCCACCUGUCCUGGACACUGAUGACCUGCCAAAGAAGAAAGCUCCAGUUCUCUAUAAGCCCACCAACCCCGACGGGCUGGCCUAUCUGGACUUCAGUGUGUCAACGACUGGCAUGCUGGCUGGGGUUCAGAUGUCCCAUAAUGCAGUUGGAGCCUUCUGUCGCUCGGUGAAGCUGCAGUGCGAGCUGUACCCGUCCAGAGAGGUAGCCAUCUGCCUGGAUCCCUACUGCGGCCUCGGCUUUGUUCUCUGGUGUCUCUGCAGUGUUUACUCCGGCCACCAGUCCAUCCUGAUCCCACCAGUGGAGCUGGAGUCCAACCCGGCACUGUGGCUGCUGGCCGUCAGCCAGCUGAGGGUGCGAGACACCUUCUGCUCCUACAGCGUCAUGGAACUCUGCACCAAAGGACUUGGCCUGCAGACUGAAGCCCUCAAGGCUCGAGGUCUGGACCUGUCCCGGGUUCGGGCCUGUGUGGUAGUAGCAGAGGAAAGGCCCAGGAUGUCACUCACACACUCUUUUUCUAAGCUCUUCAAAGACCUCGGCCUUCACCCGCGGUCUGUCAGCACAGCCUUCGGCUGCAGAGUCAACCUGGCCAUCUGCCUGCAGGGCACUUCGGGACCAGACCCUACUACAGUGUACGUGGACAUGAGAGCACUGCGCCACGACAGGGUUCGGUUAGUGGAGAGAGGUUCUCCUCACAGUCUGCCCUUAAUGGAGUCUGGAAAGAUCCUUCCUGGAGUUCGUAUAAUCAUUGCCAACCCAGAAACCAAAGGACCGCUGGGAGACUCUCAUCUCGGAGAGAUCUGGGUUCACAGUGCUCAUAACGGCAGCGGUUACUACAGCGGCUACGGUGAGGAGGUCCUUCAGUCGGACCACUUCAGUUCUCGACUCAGCUUCGGUGACACUCAGACCGUCUGGGCCAGGACAGGCUACUUGGGCUUCCUCCGUCGCACUGAGCUGACCGAUGCCAACGGAGAGAGGCAUGACGCCCUGUUCGUGGUGGGGGCUCUGGAGGAGGCCAUGGAGCUGCGAGGGAUGAGGUACCAUCCCAUCGACAUCGAGACCUCCGUCAUCCGCGCACACAAGAGCAUCAUGGAGUGUGCCGUCUUCACCUGGACCAACCUGCUGGUGGUGGUGGUGGAGCUGGAGGGCUCUGAGCAGGAAGCCCUUGACCUGGUUCCCAUGGUGACCAAGGCAGUGCUAGAGGAGCACUACCUGAUCGUGGGUGUUGUCGUGGUGACUGACAUUGGCGUCAUCCCCAUCAACUCCCGUGGCGAAAAACAGCGCAUGCACCUCCGCGAUGGCUUCUUACAAGACCAGCUGGACCCCAUCUAUGUGGCCUACAACAUGUAGCCUGACUGCGCUCGUGUCUGUGUGUGUGUGUGUGUGUGGGAGUGUGUGUGUGGGAGUGAGCGAGAGCGAGCAUGCUUUUGUAUGCUGUGCAUAUCGCGGUUGUUGUUCAUUUAUUUCCCAAAAUCAAGAUGUACUGUAUUUUUGAACCUGCAUAUGGUGUGGUCGUCAGUCGUCCGUUUUCUUUAAAGUCGUGUUGUGCCGGUUGGUUGAUUGGCUCAUUGAGCGAUUGACUGACUGCUCAGUGAUCCACCCUCGCUCAAUCUCAUGACCGUUACCAGGAGCUUGUCGCUGCAGGAAGCCUUAGGGGAACACUGUGUUCGGGGCCACAGCUCCAGUCGUCACACCGCGUGUCGUCUUUCAGAGGUUUUAGGAGGUUGAAGUAGAACCAGAAAAAUACUAAAAACUGUACCUGUCAACAUGUUUUACUGUUCAAAACAAGAAAAUCCCAGAUUUGUGGUAUUAUUUCAAUUAGAACAGGGGCAUCCAGAUUGUUGUAAAAAUAUAAAUAUUGUACAUAAACAUAAUAAUCUAUAUGGAGUGGAUCCUAAAACACAAUGAGGUGUAGUAGCCCCUAUAUGCAGCUCUCUCCACCUGCACCCUAUGUGUUUGUAUGUGUGUGUGUGUGUGCAUGUGCGUGUUUAUCUUUGUUGGUGUGUGACAGGGGACAUUUUAAGAGGUUUUAAAAGCAGAUUUUAUCCUGAAAUGAUCAAAGAAAACAGUUUUUUGGAGCAGGACAAACCCCACUGAAAACAACUGCGUUUUCAGCGUUCGGUGUCAUCUCGGAAACAUCUUGAACUGUGAAAGGUUCAGGACGAAAGCAGUUUUUUUCUUCUUGUGACUUUUCUGGCACACACACACACAAAAAAAAACAACACAAAAGGGAGACAAAUGUGUGUUUUCUCUCCAUAAAUUAAAGUAAAAAUGAUGCAGAUUUCCAAAUUGAGAAUAAAAAUGUUUCAUUAUCGCCAGUUAACCAAUCUUUCACUUUCUUUACUGAAUUACUGAUUUGUGAAUUCAGUCCCAAAGCAUCUUGUCAAGCAGAGUGCACUGUGUGAUAUAAAGAAGAAAUAUAACUAUUAUCAAUGUGUAAAUGGAGUCUAAGAGAAGCUACAUCAUGGAUCAGAAAUAACAGCAUCCAGCUGUUGCUGCAGUGGAUUUAUGUUUGGCCAGUGGUCAAUCAGAGUAAACUAAACAAUGAGCAAUUGAUUUUUUUCCUUAAGAUCAACUAAACAAGGCAUGGUGUGGAGAGAAAAAAAAGUUGUUUAAUGAUGCACAAAAAAGUCUAAAUUAUGCCGAGUUUAAUUAUUAAAAAUUUAGUGAAAUUAAAAGCAGUGCAGUUAAUGAAAACUGAUCCAUUUUAUUUUGGUUUAGUUUUUUUUUUAUUAACCAAAAAGACCUGAAACUAUCCUUUCUACAUUGUGACUUUGUCAUAUUUUAGAUCAUGUGGCUUCAGCCUCACAGUUGGUGUAGAUUUCAAUUGCAGAAACAUCUGAAAGCUGUUGGGACAAAGGGAACUCCAGAUAAAGUUUACAUAGAAAAGCUCCUAUUGUAGCAAUAAUCACUCAGAGGACGUUCUUUACUGGCUGUCUGGAUUCCACAUUUUUGGGGAUAAAUAUCUCAUAACAAUAGUUCCUGCAUCAUCUUCUGACUCCAGCUUUAAGCAUCACAAACUCAGCCUUGCAGCGGAUAUUUAUGUGAUUUUAAGCGUCCGAUGUAUAACUUUUAUGAUGAUCUACUGGCAGAAGUGCAAUACAAUGUUCAUGUCUGUACUUGUAUCAGUGUACAGUCGUAUAACAAUGUAGGUUUUAAAUCAAAACACACUGCAGGUCACCUUCCUCGCCCUCUACCAUGUUUCUACAGUGGCUCAGAAGGGACAAAACAAACAGUGGCUCUACAGUCUGUUAAUGCCAGGAGUGUUCAGAUGUUUGCAAUAUGUCAUAUGUGCCACUAGAUGACACCACAUCCUAAGAGAAGCUGAUCAUUAAAUAUGUCUUAAGAUUGACUUUUUCUCACAUUGACAGGCGUUAUAUGAGCAUCAUAACUGAGGUAGAGAAAUAUUCUCACAGCAGAGUCUGCUAACAAUAAAAACAUUCUCUGUUUUGGUGAGAAUGUCCAAUAAAGAACAUCCUCUGAGCUUCGGUACGACAGCUACCACCUGAUGUGCACUGACUAAACAUUUCCUCAAAUGAACUGAGGGUAUAUAAGAUUUUAACAUAGAUGAUAAAAGAGUUAUAUGAAGAGUUUAAGGAAAUAUGGGUUUAUUCUAGGUCUUCUUGUCUAAUGACUUCUGGGAAUCAUCAGACUGUUGCAAAUGCUGCAGGUCGUAUUAAGCAUUUUACUCAGAGUCUUGGUGUUUAGAAAAAAUCCUGAACAAUGACUUUGUUUACAUGUCUAUGGGUAAAUGUGUGACAUCAUCUCAUCUUUGUUUGACAUCAUGAUCUUUUUUUUUUACUCCACAUAUUCAUCAUGAGAAAAUCUUUAUGCAUAUCAGAAGUUGCUUAGCGCUUGUUUGGCUAACUUAGCAGUUUGGGUUUGUAAGUAGCAGCGUAGUGGUCAUGUUUCUGUCCCAAUGUGUGUGUGUGUGUGUGUAUGUGUAGAUCAGGAGGAAAUCCCAUCAGAAACCCAGAGAACCUGUCUGUGUGUUCAGGGAUGAAUGGGAGAGAGACUGCAUGGUGUGUGUGUGUGUGUGUAUACUGUAUGUAAAUAGUGUUGAUUUUGUACGGUAAAGGUGUGUUUGACUUGUUUUGUACACAUGAUGAAAAGAUUAAAUGACACUUUUAUAAGAGCCUGCUACUGGCUCACCGUCACACUAUACAGUGCAAUAAAGUGCUUUGAUUGGCUAAAAC